UCCAUAUCCAUAUCAAAGACGUGUUCAUCAAAAUAAGAAGAAGAAAGAGAGAGUGAAAGGGAGGAAGGGAAAAAAAAUAAAGAGCCGUAAUCGAUGGUGGGCAUCUUCACAAUCUUCUCCGGCUAUCUUCCCAAACCUCGUCAUCUUCAACCGAAGUUGGAGGAGGUCACUGAGAAGAGGCGAGACCAUGAUGGCUAUGCUGAUCUCGAGAGGGAGGAAGAGGAGGGAAUUGUGGUGGCUGUCGAGCAAUUCAAACCGAUAAAUCAUCCUACUGAACCGUCGGAAGAUGAUCGACCUAUGAAGCACCCUUUGCCCUUUUCUUCUAUGGUAAAUGAAGAAGGUGAGAUGACAAAGACUUUUAUCGAAAAUUUGCGUAAAAUGGCAGAGUCUCCUAAAGGAAACGAAGGUGGAAUUUGUAGCAAAACUUCAAAGCUUGUAGAUCGCAAGCGGCAACAUUACGAUCAAGGCCACCCUCUUCUUCCUUCAUCCAACUACAACUUCUUUCAAGUUUUCCAGCAGUGUAAAGAUUUUGAAGCUUGACAAAUAGCUUCCAAGUUACUGAUUGAUUGAAUAUCUAUAUAUUGGGAUGAUGUAUAGUUUUUGUUUACUCUAUU